CUGGUUAGAUGGGAGGUUAGAGUAGAAGUAACUUUGAAAUAUAGAAACACCAAGAGAUUUGGGGAUUUUUCAUUGUCUGUGUACUUUAAAGGGUAUCUUCUGCAUUAAUUGCAGUUUAAGGCAAAGUAUUGUGCUUUUGCAUCUCUAAAAGUAACUUUUUAGCAUCAGAUCUACAAGUCUGAGCUGCUGUCACUUCUUCAAACCUUCAGCCCUAUCUCACCAGAGUGGUCAGCAGGUUGUUUUUCCUGCAGGACUUUUCCUCCUUCUGAGGUCUGGACAGAUGUGGGUGAAUCUUUUCAUCAUGAAGAGUCUUUUUUUGUCUGCCGUUCUGCUGCAGUUCUUUGAGACUUGUUGGAGCCAGUUUCCUCGCCCCUGUGCCAAUUCAGAGGGACUGCGAACCAAGGAGUGCUGUCCAGUGUGGAGUGGAGAUGGCUCACCCUGUGGGGCCCUGUCUGGUCGCGGGUUCUGUGCAGACGUCUCGGUUUCAGACGAGCCCAACGGGCCGCAGUACCCUCACAGCGGGAUCGAUGACAGGGAGCGCUGGCCUUUAGCUUUCUUCAACCGGACGUGUCGUUGUGCAGGAAACUAUGGAGGGUUUAACUGUGGGGAAUGCAGAUUCGGUUACUGGGGCUCCAACUGUGCUGAGUACAGAGAGUCAGUGCGCAGGAACAUCAUGAGCAUGUCAACUACUGAGCAGCAAAAGUUCAUCUCUUAUCUAAACCUGGCCAAAAACACCAUCAACCCAGACUACGUCAUCACCACAGGCACAAGAGCAGAGAUGGGAGAGAACGGUGAGAGCCCCAUGUUCUCUGACAUCAACACCUACGACCUAUUUGUCUGGAUACACUACUACGUGUCCAGAGACACCUUCUUGGGAGGGCCUGGGAAUGUUUGGAGAGAUAUCGAUUUUGCCCACGAGUCUGCUGCAUUUCUCCCCUGGCACAGAGUCUACCUGCUUCACUGGGAGCAGGAGAUACGCAAAAUCGCAGGAGAUUUUAACUUUACCAUCCCGUACUGGGACUGGAGGGAUGCCCAGUCCUGUGAAGUCUGCACUGAUAAUCUGAUGGGUGGACGUAACGCCCUUAAUCCAAACCUUAUCAGCCCUGCUUCUGUCUUCUCCUCAUGGAAGGUAAUCUGCACCCAGCAAGAAGAGUACAACAACCAAGAGGCUUUGUGUAACGCUACUGCAGAAGGUCCACUGUUGCGUAACCCCGGCAACCAUGAUCCAAACCGCGUGCCACGGAUCCCUACGACCGCUGACGUAGAGUUCACCAUCAGUCUUCCAGAGUAUGAGACUGGGUCCAUGGACCGAUUUGCCAACAACAGCUUUCGAAACGUCUUAGAGGGUUUUGCCAGCCCAGAAACAGGCAUGGCUGUGCAAGGCCAGAGCACCAUGCACAAUGCGCUGCAUGUCUUCAUGAACGGCUCAAUGUCCUCAGUCCAGGGCUCAGCCAACGACCCCAUCUUCCUCCUUCACCAUGCUUUCAUUGACAGCAUCUUUGAGCGCUGGCUAAGAACUCAUCAGCCUCCCCGGUCCAUCUACCCACGUACCAAUGCACCAAUUGGCCACAAUGACGGCUACUACAUGGUGCCAUUCCUUCCUCUUUAUAGGAAUGGAGACUACCUCCUGUCCAACAAGGCUCUUGGAUACGAGUACGCCUACCUGUUGGACCCAGGUCAGAGGUUUGUCCAGGAGUUCUUGACCCCCUACCUUCAGCAAGCCCAGCAGAUCUGGCAGUGGCUCCUGGGGGCCGGGAUCCUCGGUGCUUUGAUCGCCACAAUUGUUGCCGCGGUGAUUGUUUUUGCCAGAAGGAAGAGGAGACGUAACCAGAAGAGGAAAAGGGCGCCCAGCUUUGGAGAGAGGCAGCCACUGUUGCAGAGCAGUUCAGAAGAGGGUUCAUCGUCAUACCAGACUACACUUUAACACAGAGAAAAGCCUGCCGCACAGCUCCCUGUGCCAUGCGGUUCUAAUAAAAGGAAAACAUGAAAUGCUGGAACCGUUCAACCAAUAAAGCAAUUUAAUGUGUUAAACAUAUGUUCUCACCGACCACAUCUAGACAAGACCUGGAUCAGCAAAAAAGACAUCCACAUUUUAAUGUAAUUUAUUUUCAUACUUUGUCACUCUGAUUGACAGGUAGUUGACAGGUCACGUGUGCACAUACUUUUAGAACUUCUGAUGAAAAUGUUUUCAAGCAAGUAUUGCAUAGGUGAAGCCAGUUCUAACAUUGAAUGCUUGUGUUCUUAAGGGUGAAUUUUCAUCCCACCAAAUGAAAUGAAAUCACUUUGUUUCAAUGAUAAUAUAACCUUCAUGGUGCUACAAUAUGGUUUGAUAAAUUUAAUUUUUUUUUCGGGCAAAAUCACCUGCAAAAAAGGAUAAUGAUGUAUCAUGAAAAUGCAUUAUUUAUUUUAACCUGAUCAAAUUUCUGGGUAUGGUGCACAAUCACUUCUAUGGAUCAAAUAGCAGCAUGGAUCUACAAGAUUGACAUUUAAAAAAAAUCAUGAAUUCAUUUUGGCUUAAGCUGGGGAAAGUUCACAUUCAUUGAGGGGGCUUUGUCUUGUCAUUUUGACUUAGGGACCCUCUAUUACUGCUGUUAGAGAAACCUCAACUGAAAGGUCACAAAUUGAGAAUAAUGUAGUACAUUUAACCAUUGUAAAGAUAAAGAUAAUCUCCAUUUGUUUACUAUGACCUUUUCAUAAUCAAGUAUAAUUAAAGUGAAAAACUAGAACAAGUGUCCAAACAUUUGAUUUUGAGACAUAGAAGAUCUGAUUUGGAAGAAGGUGGAUUUUGGUGCACAAAUAAGAAUGAAUAAGCAGCAGAAUAUGGAAGCUUUCCAUUGCAUAAAGUAAAUACCAGAAAUGCUUUUUCAUUUCAAAAUAAAGCUGCGUUUGUUGACUCAGAAUGAAAAUGAAAAAUCAAUCAGCCCAACGGCUUUUUUUUUCUUCUUUAACACCGCUCAUUCUGUCACUUAAAUAAAAUAAUAAAGAAAUUGGUUUUUGACAUUUCAUUUUCAAAAAGUUCUGUAGUAAAUGUGUAGCAUAAUUCAAUUAUAAAUAUCUUAUUUGCCAAUUAAAAUGGAUUAACAGAAGUGCUUAUUCAUUUUCACAGUGUAACUGCAUCAAUUGACUC